GGAACAACUAAGGCAACAGCAUGAUUUCUGUGGCUAUGAACUAAUAUGAUUAGCCUUAUUGGCACUAAAAUCUAAUGCCCCCACCGAUAGCUUGGAAGGAUUGAACACUCACAAAAGGGAAUGUUACGGUGGACAGUUCAUUUAGAAGGUGGGCCUCGAAGAGUAAACCACGCUGCUGUGGCUGUUGGACAUAAAGUCUAUUCUUUUGGUGGAUACUGUUCUGGUGAAGAUUAUGAGACUCUACGACAGAUUGAUGUUCAUGUAUUUAAUGCAGUUUCUCUGCGCUGGACCAAAUUACCACCAGUGUGGACAAACAGCAGGGACCAUGUGAGAGAGGUUCCUUACAUGAGAUAUGGGCAUUCUGCGGUGCUGAUUGAUGACACUAUCUAUAUCUGGGGAGGCCGUAAUGAUACUGAGGGAGCCUGCAAUGUAUUAUAUGCCUUUGAUGUCAGUAAGUGGUGUUAUCCUGCUUCCAUAACUUUCACUAUCACAUGCUUAUAAAGAUGAAUGGGCAGGGAGUGCAAACCUUUUGUAGCCAUUUAUCUCUUA